UUUCGUGGUGAAUAUAAAUCACUCGGGACUUGACAGGACAUAGAAUCCUAAAGGCAAGACGGAGCUGAGGGAUCAGUCACAGAGGCGUGACAUGAGGACGGAGAGCGCGGCACAGAGCGCGUCUUUCAGCGGCAGAAAGUGGAGUCUCAUCGAGGACGCGCGGAGGGACAGGGAGAGGGACAGGGACAGGGAGAGCAGGGCUGUGUCUCCGGGUCCAUCACGCAGCGGAGAAAACUCAGUUUUCGAAGAGAAAAGCGGUAAAGUGACUCUCCACCUGCUCUUUACACAGAAGAAUGAUAAAAGUGCUGGGUUCUUCAAGGCUGGGAAAGUGUUCGAGACCUUCAAGGCGAAGCUGCUCCACCUGGAGAGUCGUGUAGCUCGGAGGUGUAAGAAAGUGUCCUCAGAUGAGCUGGAGUUCUUCAUGCAGUGUGAAGUUCACAGCUCUGACACUGACACCUUCAUUAAUGAGCUCAGAAGAGUCGCAGAUGAAGUGCUGCUUCUACACGACGACCGGGUUCAGUGGUUCCCACGAAAGAUCAGUGAUCUGGACAAAUGCAUUCAUGUAAUCACAAAAUACGACCCUGACCUGGACCAAGAUCACCCUGGAUUUACUGAUCCGGAAUACAGGAAGCGGAGAGCGUUUAUUAAUGAGCUGGCUUUCAACUUCAAACAGGGCGACGUGUUACCGUAUGUUGAAUAUACUCCGGAAGAGGUUGCCACUUGGAGUGAAGUGUACAGGACUUUGACCUCCAUCUAUCCGACUCAUGCGUGCAGACAGUUCCUGGAUGGCCUGCAGCAGCUGGAGAGAGAGUGCGGCUACGGAGAGCACAAAAUCCCUCAGCUCAGAGACGUGUCCAAAUUCCUGAAAGAAAAGACAGGCUUCCAGCUGCGCCCAGUCAUGGGUUUGCUGUCGGCGCGGGACUUCCUGGCGAGCCUGGCGUUCAGGGUGUUCCAGUGCACGCAGUACAUUCGCCAUUCCUCAUCACCCAUGCACUCUCCAGAGCCAGAUUGCUGUCACGAGCUGCUCGGACACAUCCCCUUGCUCACGGAUAAAGAGUUCGCUCAGUUUUCACAGGAGAUUGGUCUCGCCUCCCUUGGAGCAUCUGAUGAAGAUAUCGAGAAGCUGUCUACUCUCUACUGGUUCACGGUUGAGUUUGGGCUCUGCAAGCAGAACGGGGCAGUAAAGGCGUACGGCGCUGGACUCUUAUCCUCCUAUGGAGAACUUUUGCAUGCGCUCUCUAACGAACCCGAGUACAAGCCGUUCGUCCCCGCUGAGACGGCGGUCCAGCCGUACCAGGACCACACAUACCAGCCUGUAUACUUCGUUUCCCAGAGCUUUGAGGAUGCUACGAACAAGAUGAGGCAGUACUCCUCCAGCAUCCAGAAGCCGUUCUCCAUCAGGUACGAGCCGUACACCUGCUCUGUGGAGAUCCUGGAUGAACCAGCUAAGAUCCAGAACGUUCUGGGCCAAAUGAGAGAGGAGCUGAAGAUUCUGCACAGUGCGAUAGAGAGCCUGGGCCCGAGAUGAGCCUCAAAGCCUGGUUCAUCUUUAAUCACAUAGACAUGGAGAAAAUUAAACAAAACCCAAAUCCCCUUAGUGUAAAGAAUAUCUCGCUUUCAUCCUCCCUGCUGCUCUUCAGUAGACUGUAAUAUGACUAUUCAUUCUGUAAUUGUGUUUAUAUUGAUCCAGAGAUGAACUGAUCCUGAGACCCAGAAAUGUAACCAUAACUGCACUACUACAAACAUUUUUAACCACUGAAAAAAAUAUAUGUUUUAACAUCUUUAGUAACGAGCGCCUGUUCGAAACAUAACGCGUCUCUGCUGCACUUUGCUCUUGAACAACUAACAGGGUUGAGUUUUAACAUAAAAUCAGCAAACACAACAAAAUGUAGUUAAUGAGCGUUCAAGCUAAUGGCCUGAGGAUGUUAAAGACAUUGAAAUAUAAAUUAUGAAAAAAAUAAAUAAUUACAAAUUAUAAUUCUGGUUUAAAAAAAAAAAAAAAAGUGUUACACUUUCAAGGUGACCUUAUAGGCUGAAAUCACAAGACGACUGUAAAUAAAAAGAAAAAAAAAUUGAGAGCUCAAGCUACACAGACACUAACCAUUACAUUAUGGGCAUGGAGCAGAUGCUGUGAUCCAGAGCGAUGUAUAACAUAUCCGGAGCAGUUGGAGGUUUGGUGUCUUGCUCAAGAGCACUUCAGCCAUUCCUGCUGGUCCAGGGAAUCAAACUGGAGACCUUUUGGUCUUAAAGCUACUUCUCUAACCAUUAGGCCAUAGCUUCACCCCAACACCACGCCCACUGAGUCCUCACUAGUAUCAGCUAAUAAACCUAUUAUUAUUAUUAUUAUUAUUAUUAUUAUGUUAACCCAUGGGAUAGAGAAUAAAACGCGUGUGUUUUGGGAGAAGACU